AUGUACGCAAAUUGGCCUAACCUAAGGUCCAGAACAAUGACAAAAAUUGACCAAUCAAAUAAAACUGGCGCACAAGGAGGUACCGAAUCAAAAUUAGAUGACACUGAUAAACUAGUGAUAGAAAUAAUUCGAAAGGAAUCUCCUGUUGUUCAAGGAAUUGCCGUACCCGAUUCAAUGGAAACUGUUUCCGAAGUAAAAGACAUUACCGAGGACUUAAGUUAUUCUAUGCCCAAUGAAAACGAUGAUAAUGGCACCACAAAAAGCAAGUGCUCGCUUCAACAAAGUUCAUGUAGAAGGUCAAUUUCUUUAGCGGAAGUAGGUCCAAGUCAACAACACGAGGGGGAAAUAUCUUCUAUUGAUAGUUAUGUUCAACCAUCAACUUCGUUAUCUAAACCAAGCUCUGAUUUCAGUAAUAACAAAAGAGAAAUAAAUGUCUCAGGGGCAUCUGAAAUUCAAGUUCCCGGUCAUGAGAAACGCGCGUAUGAAGAUUAUGAAGAUUUCUCAGAAGACCCCAAUGUGAAAAAAAGAAAAACCGACAUAUUAAAAAUUAGGGAGAUUUCAGCAAGCAAUCUAAAGAGCAAGCUGAAAAAAUGCUUCAGCCAAGACUGGGGGCCAAGGCUAUAG